AUGGUACAGUGUAAAGGAUGUACUAAUCAGGCUGGUCUGGAAUUUGCUGGAGGUGCAGGAGAUAAAUGUUGGUUACUGAAUGCGGCCUAUAUACUCGCUGGGCUUGCUAUGAUGCUCAACAUUCGACUAUCAUAUAGUUCUGCUCCAUAUGCACUUAUUAGAUUUAAGUUGCCUGAGAAUCUUUUUACUGUUUUUGUUAGAAGAAUGGCUAGUGCCUUGGAACUUUGGUGUCUACCGAGUAUGCUUCUAGAAACCACCAAAGACGGCGGACUCAAACUCGACGACAGUGGCACCAAAUUCGACGAAGCCACCAAACCCAAAGCUAAGCCUUGGAAAUUCGAAUGGUUCAUAGUAGCUCCAUCAAUCUUAAGUCAGUGGUUAGACUUCAUCACAUAUGUGGUACUUCUAAUAAUAUAUGUUACUGGUGGUGACCAAGGACAUGAAACUGCUUAUUAUGGUGUCAUCGCAAUUUCUGGGUUCAUCUUUGGUAUUAAUAUGCCUCUGGUCUGUGCUCAGGAGGGACAAUAUAUCACAUGGUAUAUGAUUGGUGAAAACUCAUUUCCAUUGUUUACUUCACUUGUUCACUAUUUUACUACACUCAUCUUUGGUAAUAGAAAGAAAUGGAACUCUGAGUUUCAAAUAGUGACAAUAGAUAUUUGGGUUGCAAUUAUAAUCUCACUUGUGGCAGCAGAAGUGUGGACAGGUGCAUACCUGUGUGAACUAAAUGAAGAUACUGCUACAGGAAUAGAGAAGAUGCUUCAUAUACAUGCUGAAGAUUUCGAUGCAAGAAAUACUCAUGGUGAUAUGGUCACCCCUACCUUCAUGGUCAUUGUAGGUAUGGGUCUUCUCAUUGCACAUACCUUGCCAUUGUUCCUGGUAUGA